GGCGGCCCUUUCAUAGUCCCGUUCCAGAACUAGCGGCCUUCUCUCAUCGGACGUAUGCGUAAAUCCUUACAAAAUCGGUUCUCGAAGACUCCAAGAGUCCAAACUUUAUCUCUUUGAUCCUUUCCUCUCCGCUCAGUCGCUCCUUCAGGUCUCCUUCAACCCUGGCUCUUCGGACAUUCGCCGAUCCACGUUUAGCCAGUGAAUUGACCGCCGCUCGCUUCGUUUCCUCCUAAUUCUUCCCAAAGAUAUCGAACUUCAAAGGUCUUACCUUUUUGGGAGAGAUUUGGUUGGGAGACCAUGUCGAGUGUUAGGAAUACGCACUGGUGCCAUAGAUGCAUGCAGGCCGUCAAGCCUUUCGGGCGGGAGAUGCUUUGCCCCAACUGUAAUGGAGGCUUUGUUCAAGAACUCGAUGACAUGGGAGGCGUCAUGAAUGCUUUUUUUGGAACGGAUCCGGAAGAAUUUCAUGACCAUAGAUUUGCCCUAAUGGAUGCCAUUGCUUCCAUGAUGAGGCAAAGAAUGGCGGGGAGGGACCGUGGCUACGACUUCCAUUCGAGGCCUGAUACCAUCGCCGGCGAUAGGAUCGGCUUUGGACCCGGUCCAUGGCUUUUGUUUCGCGGCCAGGUUCCGGAGGAAAGAGGCUUUGAGAUCCUCUUAAAUGGUGGUUCUGGUGCGGGGGUUCGCCGUGCCAACAUUGCGGACUACUUCAUGGGUCCAGGGUUGGAGGAAUUGAUAGAGCAGUUGACUCAGAAUGAUCGGCGUGGACCUCCGCCGGCCGCACGGUCGUUGAUUGAUUCAAUGCCCACCGUGAAGAUCAGUCCACGACAUCUUCGUGGUGAUUCUCAUUGUCCGGUGUGUAAGGAUAAGUUUGAGUUGGGAUCUGAAGCACGUGAGAUGCCAUGCAAGCAUUUGUAUCACUCCGACUGCAUCGUUCCAUGGUUAACUCGGCAUAAUUCUUGCCCCGUUUGUCGCCAAGAAUUGCCAUCAUAUGGAAAUUCUCGCUUCGGUUCGAGUAACAUCAGUACGAGUGGGAGCGAAAGACAGAUGGGAAGUGGCAGUGAUUCUGGUGAUAGGGAGAAUGAGGGGAGGAAUCAAGGAAGAAGAAAUCCUUUCUCUUUCUUGUGGCCUUUCCGCUCUUCGAACUCUGAUGCCGGUUCCUGAUAGCAGAAGGGGGAAGGUGUAUUCUGGUGAAUCAGAGUCUUUUGGGUGAACUUUCUGUACUUUCUAGCAGACUCCUCUUUCUUAAGUGCUUCAAACUUCUCUAAUCUUCAGUUGAUAAAACCUGGAAAUAUAAUUUCAUGUUUUAAUGUAAUCAAAAACAGCAGCUCUUUGAUAAUACAUUUAUUAUGUGUUUUUUG